AUGACUCAAAGGCUUUCUCGGAAUGAUUUGCCUUCUCUCUCUCCCAAUGAUGAACACGAAUUGUGCGAAGUGUUGAGAAGAUCACUCUCUUCAGUAACAGGAGAACAAAAAUCAGCAGAAAAGACAUUGUUGGAAAUUGAGAAGCGGAAUGGAUACUUGUCCCUGCUCAUGCAAAUCAUUGUUAAUACCAAUGUUGAUAUGGAUGUCAGAUAUUUAUCAAGUAUUUGUUUCAAAAACACUGUGGAUAAAUAUUGGAGACCAAACAUGGAUUUUUCCAUAUCCCAAGAAGAAAAAGAAUAUCUCAAACAAGGCUUGUUGAAUAUUCUGCUCACCAAUACGGAUGUGGUACUAUUUAAUUCUCAAUUUGUUACUCAAUUGGCGUUGGCUACUUCUAAGAUUUCCAGAAUUGACUAUCCAUCUCGAUGGACAAAUUUAAUCUCAUCAAUCGGAAAUUGUAUUGUUGCAUCAACCAAUGAAAAUAUUCGGAAUAGAUGUUUAGUAGUAUUAAAACAUUUUGUAAAAGAGCAAGCAGUAAGAACAAAUUUGGAUGAGGGGAAAAAAGCAUUUAAACAGUUCUCGAGUGACAUUACUCCAUUUAUAUGUCAGUUAUGGUUCUAUUACGCAAACAAGAUUUACCAAUCUGGUUCAAAUAUUGAUGAUUUGGAAUACAAGAACUGUUUGAUUUGCACUCGGAUAAUAUGGAGAGUUGCAGUAAUGGGUUUGUCGGCCAUUGACAAGAACACAACCCUCAUGGAAUUUUUAACAUCACUUUUGGAUUUUAUUUCAAAAUUUUACUCUGUACGACAAAACAUGCUUUUAUCUCAAAACACAAAUUUAGAACUGUUUCACAAGAUUACAACUUUAAUUUCUUCAUUCAUUAAGGUACCAUUGAGAAUUCAAGCAAAACAUAGCAUUGGAUUUAGGAAACAUUUACUCUCAUAUUCAAUGCUAUUUUCUCAAAUCAUGUUUGAAUGUGAUCCAAAGGCGCCUACGACAGAUUAUAAAAUUUUGUUUAGAGUUUUAACAUUUUUGAAACAGAUUACGGACUGUCAACAUUAUGAUGAAUCUGGCUCUCCAGAGGCUAAAGAGGCAUUUGAUAUUAUUCACCAUCAAUUUUAUACAGAUCAAGUACUACAAAACUUUAUUUCAUGUUUGAUUACAAAAUAUUUAACAAAUUCUCCAACUGAUUUAGAGAAAUGGGAUGAAGAUCCAGAAGAAUUUGUUAAAGAACAAGAAUUAGAUUGGUCAGACACUACGAAGGCAGCAAGUGAAUAUUUCUAUUUAGCCAUCAUGGGAACGUUUGAAAAUAGAAUUGCAAAGUUUGUCAUUCAAUUCACUGAGAAGGUACUAAACGAAACGUAUGGCUCAUUGGAACAGGAUAAACUUUUACUACGAGAUUCAUGUUACAGUGCUAUUGGUUGGGCUUCAUAUAAUCUCUACAAUGACAUUCAAUUCUCUCAAUGGUACAUUCACAUGCUACGAAAAGAGUUGUUACCAACUGAAUCGUUCGCAAUGGACAAAAGGUACAACAUUAUUAGAAGGAAAUGCAUGUGGCUACUUGGACGAUGGGUAGAGAAGUUUGACAAUCUUGUUAGAAAGGAUAUUCUCAGUACACUGGUAACCAUACUUAUCAACAGUGAAGAUCUUGUCAUGAAAUUGACAUCUCUGAUCACGUUAAAGAUCGUUCUAAGUGAAGACACUGAAUUGAGAGCUGAAGAUUUUGCUGAAUUUUUACAACCAUUUAUGAGCGCUCUUGUUCAGCUAUUGGAUAAGGUGGAACAGGAAGACACUAAACUUUCUCUUUUGUCAUUAAUAUGUACAGUGGUUGAAAAGAUGGAGAAUAAUAUUUUACCAUAUUGUGAAACUUUGGUGAAAAUUUUACCAGUUUUCUGGAACUCUGUUGGAGACUCUACACUCGUGAAAACUCAAGUGAUUGCUGCUCUCUCUAAAAUUGUGAAAUUACUUGAACAUAAUUCAGUAAUCUUGUAUGAUUUCCUUUUACCACUCAUUCAAUACAGUACAGAUAUAGAUCAAGAUGAACACUUGUACUUCAUUGAGGAGGGUCUUGAUUUAUGGCACAUCACCAUGCAAUAUGCUCCAGAGCCAACACAGGGAUUACUUUCUCUAUUUCCAAAUAUUGUGAAAAUUUUUGACCAUACUUUGGAAUAUGUAAUGCCUAAUCUGAGAUUGAUUGAAAGUUAUGUGCUUCUUGGAAAAUCACAAUUUUUGAGUGCCUAUGGUCCUCAACUCGGUUCCAUAUUUUUGAACGUUCUUUGCAACACAAAACCAAAAGCCAUGUAUUUAUGCAGUACAGUGAUUGAGACGAUAUUUACUGAAUUUCCAGUGGAGGCUUCCAUCAAUUUUGCAAGACCUGUAAAGAAAAUGAUAGAAAUAUUCCUCAACAAUGAAGAGAAGAGUGAUGUAUUGACUGGAUUUUUGUGUGUAUUUUCUCGAUUGGUAUUUUUCAGCAAGAAUGUCUUGUAUGAAAUUUUUGAUGCCAUUCUCAAGGAGGGAACAUUGAGAGAGAUUUACAUGAAUGAUCAUCAUAAUGGUAACAACAACAACAAUAACAACACCUCCACCACCACUACUACUACUACAACGACUCCAAAUGCUAUGAGUGUUGGUGGUGUUGGUUCGAGUUCUGGUCAGAGUGGUGCUGGUAUUAGUGCUGGUAUUGGUGGUGGUCACAUGCUACUCGCAACAACAAAACCACCUCCUCAAACUCAACAUGAACUUUUACUUCGAUUCAUUGAUGCAUGGACUGAUCUGUCCGAUUCUAUUGUUUCUCCCUUCCAUAGAAAAUACAGUACGUUAGCAUUAUUAUCCUUCUACCCUAGUACAGAUUCAGAGAUUUUGCAAAGAUUUUCAACCAUAUUGGCAAUUAGUAUUCAAGUAUUGUAUGACAUUGAUGAGCAAAAUGAAUUGGCCAAGAGAUUGACUGGAGAAGAUGAACAACUCUCUUCCUCCACUCUCUCACCUCAAUCACCACCUGGUACCAUCGUGACGAAGAAUGAAUAUGAUCGAAAACGACAAUCUGCACGAAACGAUUCUCUCCUACAUAUGGAUUUCUAUUCCUAUCUUGGAUCUAAAUUAUCAGAAAUGGCUCAAACAUUGGGAGUGACAGAAUUCAAUGCAUUCUUACAACAGAAGGUGGAUGCUGUAUUGCUUGCAAAAUUGCAUGAAUUUGAAAAAAAGAGUCGACAACACUCUCAGCACUAG